UACACACACAGCAGCAGCAGAUACUUGUUUAGAAGUGUUCGGCAGCUGGAGCUCAGAGAUCUUCAGAAAUCCUGCUGAUACAGAAUGCCUUUAAGAUCCUGCCUUUCUCAUCCUAAUCUACAGAGGAAACAGGAAAAAGGAACUUAAAACUCCCUUUGCUCAGACAGCGACAAAGCUCUCUCUCUAACCCACUCCCGCAUUGCAAUUAACGUGUUGCUCCCUGGUGGGAAAAGCACUGCUCUACGAUGCAAGCAAAGAGCUAGGACUAAGGGCUAUCAUCCCUCUGAAAGGACACUGUGAUUCCAUGAGCUGCCGUGCAAACUGGAUGGAUAUACUUGGCAAAGCGUGGACUUUUUCAGCACUUCUAGUUUUCUGUGGAUCCAGCUUCAUGCUUUCAGGUGUCGUGGAAGCAACAUUUGAUUUAAUACUGAUCAAUUCACUCCCAACUGAGGUUGAUUCAGAGACCUCGCUGAUUUGUAUCACAUCCAGAUGGUGUUCCCUGGACUCAAUCAAAAUUGGCCGAGAUUAUGAUGCCUUGAUGAACCAGCAUCCGUCCCCCUUGACAGUAGUGGAAAAUGAAACCAAAGGAGUGUCAAAGAAAGUAGUAUGGCAAAGGGAAAAGUCUGGUGAAAGUAUUGGAGUAUACUAUUGUGAAGGGAAAUGCAGAGAUAAAGUGAAGAGGAUACAUACAAUGAAGAUGCAACAAACAGCUUCCUUCCUUCCAGUGUCCUUAACUAUUACAGCAAACAAGAGGGACGAUGUCAACAUUACCUUUGUCAAAAAGGAAGUGAAGGAGGAGGAUGCAGUCAUCUACAAAAAUGGUACAUUCAUAUACUCUGUCCUCAGGCAGGAAGUUCCAAAACUACUCAAGUAUUCCAUCUCCCAGGUCUCCCUCCAGGAUGCAGCCGUUUAUUCUGCCAGAUACAUAGGAGGAAAUCAUUUCACAGCAGCCUAUACCAGGCUGAUUGUACGGAGGUGUGAAGCUCAAAGAUGGGGACCUGAAUGUAGCUUUCACUGUCCAGACUGCAAUAAUGGUGGUAUCUGUCAUGAAGAUACUGGUGAAUGCAUUUGCCCGCCAGGAUUUAUGGGGAAAACCUGUGAGAAAGCUUGUGCAGAAAAUUCCUUUGGGAGGGCUUGCCAAGAGCGUUGUGAGGAAAAAUCAGGUUGCAAAUCAUUGGUGUUUUGCCUGCCUGACCCAUACGGCUGUUCCUGUGCUUCAGGAUGGAAGGGGCUCCAUUGUGAUGAAGCUUGUGAGCCUGGUUUCUAUGGGCCCAACUGUAAACUCAAGUGUACCAACAACUGCAAUAAUCGGGGAAUAUGUAACAGCGUUAAGGGUUGCAUCUGCCAUCUCGACUGGCAUGGUCUGCAAUGUGAAAAAGAAGGUAAAGCAGAUGAAUCACCUCAGAUCGAGAACUUGCCCAAUGCUGUGGAGCUCAAUUCCGGCAUAGUUUUUAAAUUGACCUGCAUUGUUACUGGCAGACCACUUCCUAUGGAAGAUGAGAUCAAGCUGAUAAAAAAAGAUGGAACCGUUCUUAAGCCUGUCACACUGACCAAUCGAAGCAACCAGUCAGAAGCAAAGGAAGCGACAUUUCAGGUUCAAAAUGUCCAGCCUUCUGAUUCUGGAAUGUGGGUCUUUGUUGUUAAGACUGUAGCAGGCAUGGUGGAAAAACCUUUCCAGGUCACAGUUAAAGUUAUUCCUAUGCCUCUGAAAGCUCCAUCACUGAUAGAGCGAGGGCACAAUUUUCUCAUCAUUAAAACAAAUGCUGAUUCAUAUUCUGGAGAUGGACCAAUUGUAGCAGUCAAGCUUCUCUACAAACAUGGCAAAGAUUUGUGGCGCCCAGUGGAUGUAAAUGGAGAGAUCUGGAAGCUAAACAAUCUGGAACCCAAAACAGAAUAUUCUCUCUGUGUCCGGCUGACUCGCAGGGGAGAGGGGGGAGAAGGACACCCGGGGCCAAUAGCCAGCUUCACUACAGCUGCUGUUGGUCUUCCUCCACCUAAAGGCCUCACUCUUGCACCUAAAAGCACCACAGCUCUGACUUUAUCAUGGCAGCCGGUGGUUCAAAACUCAGAUGAUAGCAUCCACAUUGAAGUCGAAAAGAGGAGUGCGCUGGAUAUGAGUGGAGAGAGUACCUUAACCAUGCAGCUGCCGAGCAACCAGUCAAUUCUGGUCAUUGACAAUUUGGAGCCCCGACACCAUUACAUGUGCCGAGUCCGUGUGAACAGCAAGACUAAAGGAGAAUGGAGUGACUAUCUGUACGCAUGGACCUUCAGUGACCGACUUCCUCCUCCACCAGAUAACAUCAAGAUCCUAAACAUCACAGACUCGUCCGCCAUCAUCUUCUGGGCAACUGCUGAAGGACAUUCCAUCUCCUCCGUCAUCCUCAACUACAAAAUUUAUGGCAAGAGUGAAUAUGAUCAGAUUGAUGUCACAAUCAAAAACACCACCAUUACCCAGUACCACCUCAAGGGUCUUGAGCCAAACACCAACUAUAUGGUUCAAAUCAGUGCUCAAAACAAUAUUGGAUCAAGCCACCCGAACCCGUCUUAUCAAAUACAAACCCUUCCAGAAACCAAAGUUCCAUUUGAGCCAAAGGGAGGAAGGAUGUUGCUGAUUGCUAUCCUUGGCUCAGCAGGGAUGACUUGCCUGACCAUCCUGCUGGCAUUUUUCAUUAUGCUGCAGCUAAAGCGCACAAAUUUUCAGCGAAGAAUGGCCCAGGCCUUCCAAAAUGUGGUGAGAGAUGAGCCAGCUGUGCAGUACAAUUCAGGAACUCUUACCCUAAGCCGGAAAGCCAAAAAUAGCCCAGAACCCACAAUUUACCCAGUCUUAGAGUGGAACGAUAUCAAAUUUCAAGAUGUGAUUGGAGAGGGCAACUUCGGCCAAGUUCUUAAAGCACGUAUCAAGAAGGAUGGUUUGCGAAUGGAUGCAGCUAUCAAAAGGAUGAAAGAAUAUGCUUCCAAGGAUGAUCACAGAGAUUUUGCUGGAGAACUGGAAGUCCUGUGUAAGCUUGGACAUCAUCCAAAUAUCAUAAAUCUUUUAGGAGCAUGUGAACAUCGAGGUUAUCUCUACCUCGCAAUUGAAUAUGCCCCACAUGGAAACUUGUUAGACUUUCUGCGGAAGAGCCGAGUGCUAGAGACAGACCCAGCCUUUGCCAUCGCCAACAGCACUGCCUCUACUCUCUCCUCUCAACAGCUGUUGCACUUUGCAGCUGAUGUGGCCAGGGGAAUGGACUACCUUAGCCAAAAACAGUUUAUCCACAGGGAUCUUGCAGCAAGAAACAUCUUGGUGGGAGAAAACUAUGUGGCCAAAAUAGCUGACUUUGGAUUGUCUCGAGGACAAGAGGUUUACGUUAAAAAGACCAUGGGAAGGCUUCCUGUGCGAUGGAUGGCAAUUGAAUCUCUAAACUACAGUGUGUAUACAACAAAUAGUGAUGUGUGGUCCUUUGGCGUGCUGUUAUGGGAAAUAGUUAGCUUGGGUGGGACGCCAUACUGUGGGAUGACUUGUGCAGAACUGUAUGAGAAAUUACCCCAAGGGUACAGAUUGGAGAAGCCCCUCAACUGUGACGAUGAGGUUUACGAUCUAAUGAGACAAUGCUGGAGAGAAAAGCCCUAUGAAAGGCCAUCCUUUGCGCAAAUACUUGUAUCCUUGAACAGGAUGUUAGAAGAAAGAAAGACUUACGUGAAUACAACCUUGUAUGAAAAGUUCACCUAUGCUGGCAUUGACUGUUCUGCUGAAGAAGCUGCUUAAGAUGGAAGAGUUUCAGUUAUUUAUCAAUCUAAGCAACCAAAAACUUUGAUUUUCAGAAGAGAUGAAACUUACUCUGAUGUAUGAACUGGUGUAUACUGCUAUCUGUACAAUCUUUUAGCUAUACACAUCAUACCUUUUGAGCAUACUUUACAGUAAGCUCUGUGUCAUUAUGUUAUAGAAAUGUGUGUACAUAUAUGUGUAUGUAAGUAUAUCCACAAUGUAUAAAUGUGUAGAAAGGUUGUUCUUUAUGUAUGCACAUUCACACAGGCAUAUGCAGUAUCUGAACCAAGAAAAAGAAACAAAUAAAUUCUACAUUUCAUA